AUGCUUGGCCUCACGAUAGCAGCCGUACAAGCUGGAAAUGGACGACAUUUCUCCGUGCUCAGCGACGAGCAAAAGUCCGGUGCUAUAUUGUACACCCUCGCGGGCUUCCCUCCCGGUAUAUUCUCGUUCGGAAUCCCCAAGCUGGCCGUGGUUGCUCUCCUAACGAGAAUCACCAACCCUAGCCGAAAACAUAGGAUAUUCCUGUGGGCUAUGACCGGUGGUUGUUUGUUGAUUCUGUUUGGCUGUGUCAUCAUCAUCUUCGCACAGUGUACGCCGUCUCGGUCGCAGUGGGACUUCUCCGUCCAGGGUACUUGCUGGAGCCCAUGGAUCCUGAUCUACUACGCCAUCGUAGCUGGAACCAUCUCCGCCGUCGUGGACCUCUACCUCGCGAUAUAUCCCGCCGUUGUUCUGUAUGGACUACAAAUCAACCUCAAGAAGAAGAUAGCCUUGAGUGCCGCGCUGGGACUGGGUUCUAUUGCGGCAGCCGUAGCUGUGUACAAGUCGACUCGACUUCCAGCGCUUGCGAGCCCUGACUUCAGCUACGAUACGGCCGACAUCACCAUCUGGACCAGUAUCGAGGGAAACUCUAUCAUCAUCGGCGCCUGCAUACCGACUUUGCAGCCAUUAUUUGACCGCAUCUUUGGCCGGGGAAUCUUUGGUAGCUCACGCGGUGAGCAAGGUCCAAGUGGGUACAGAUCGCGUAGUCGGUCGGGUGUGAAGCUCGCUACAAUCGGGAGCAAGACUCUUCGGUCAGCCAAGCAGCAUGGGAAGUCGGGCGUGUCUGAAACAACCCUGGGCCACGAUAGCCAGGACAGUAUCUUGAGCCCGGGCUUUCGGAAUGGUAGCGAGGAGAGUAAAGUGGAGCCAAGCUCUGGCAUUACGCGAACGCAACACUUGACAGUCGAGUACGAGGAUGUCACCGAGCAGACGAGGCCGAGUUAUAGUCCUUGUGACACACGAAGAUAG